UCCGUUCCCUUUUCAACAAUCUAUUUCUUUGCGUUAAUAAAUACGUCGUGGGGAAAACAUUGGAAUCAUAUGAAAAGUGAUGUAGAUUUCAAAGCAGUCUUUGUAUUUCGCUUGUUUUUUUAAAUAUAUUUUUUUGCUUUUAUCAUAACAACUAUCUGUUAAUACAGGACGGGGGGGUUCAGCUGUCACUUCAAGCCCUUCUCACUGGAGAGCGAAGCAAAUAGCCAACAGGGCAGCACAAUAAUUCAGGGCAAUGAGGAAAUGGACCACUGAGUCGUAAUGGACCCUUUAGACAGCUCCGAAUCGCGUCUUGUUGAGUCGGCGAAUGCGGCAGAGAAUGCAGAAUCGAGUUUGCCAUGGGCCCGUUUCUCGUCGUGGCUGGAGUGUGUCUGCGUCGUUACCUUCGACCUCGAGCUCGGCCAAGCCAUAGAGCUUGUGUACCCACACGAUGUGAAACUAACUGAGAAGGAGAAAACUAGCAUUUGCUACCUGUCCUUCCCUGACUCUUACUCAGGAUGCCUUGGAGACACCCAGUUCAGCUUCAGACUGCGUCAGUCUGUGGGCCGCAGGGGCUCCUGGUUCGGAGAGGAGGACGCCUACAGCAGAGACGCACCUGUCACACUACAGCGAGAGCUGGCCCAUUUCUAUGGCUAUGUCUACUUCAGACAAGUCAAGGACGCCUCUGUCAAAAGAGGCUACUUUCAGAAGUCUCUUGUACUGGUGUCCAGACUACCGUAUGUCCACCUCUUCCAGUCCCUGCUGCAGAUCAUAGCUCCAGAGUAUUUUGAGAAGUUGGAGCCUUGCCUUGAAGCAGUGUGCAACGAGAUUGACCAAUGGCAAUCUCCGGUGCCAGGGCUGACACUCAACCUGCCUGUGAUGGGCGUGGUCAUGCAGGUCAGGAUCCCAUCCAAAAAUGACAAACCAGGGGGAAGCCCGGAGAAACAGGCACAAAAGGAGAAUCUUCUACCAGCCCCUAUGAUGCUACCGACCAUACAUGAGCUUGACCUGUUCAAGUGUUUCCAGUCCUUCCUGAUCCACCUGCAGAUGCUCUGGGAACUCAUGCUGCUAGGGGAGCCUGUGGUCGUCAUGGCACCCUCUCCCACUGUCUCCUCGGAAACCGUGCUGGCCCUAGUGAGCUCGAUUGCGCCACUGCGGUAUUGCUGUGAUUACAGGCCCUACUUCACCAUACACGACACUGAGUUUAAAGAGUAUACCACUAGGACACAGGCACCUCCCAAUGUGAUUCUGGGGGUCACUAAUCCCUUCUUCAUAAAGACCUUCCAGUCCUGGCCCCACAUUAUACGCCUUGGAGAACUCAAGAUGUCAGGUGAUCUGCCCAAGCAGGUGAAGGUGAAGAAACUAGCCAAGCUGAAAACACUGGACACUAAACCAGGUAUCUACACAGCACAUAAAAUGUUCCUUCAAAAAGACAAGUCCCUCAUCAAAAGACUCCUAAAAGGGAUCCAGAGGAAGAGGCCGUCUGAGGUGCAGAGCGCCAUCUUGAGGAGACAUCUGUUAGAACUCACCCAGAGCUUCAUCAUCCCACUGGAACGUUACCUGGCCAGCCUGAUGCCUCUGCAGAGGUCUGUGACUCCUUGGAAGACCCCUCCUCAGAUCCGUCCCUUCAGUCAGGAGGAGUUCAUGGGGACUCUGGAGCACGCUGGACCUCAGCUCACCUCUGUGCUUAAAGGGGAUUGGGUGGGCCUGUACAGGAAAUUCUUCAGGUCCCCCAACUUCGAUGGCUGGUAUCGUCUGCGUCACAGGGAGAUGACCCAGAAACUAGAAUGUCUCCACCUAGAGGUCAUCUGUGAUGCUGACCUGCUGGGUUGGACCAAAGACAAGUCAGAGGUGGAGAUCGUGGACCUGGUUCUGAAACUGAGAGAGAAACUGAUGAAGGCUGGAAAGCAGCAGCUCCCGGUGAAAGAAGGGGUGCUGGAGAAACUAGAGGGAUACCUCCAGACUGUCAUCAGCUCUCUACCAGAGGACCUGCAGACUGUACUACACAGAUACUGACGCUAACACUGACGCACUUCUGAAUAUAUAUAUAUACACACACCGACACUGAAUAGUGUUUUGUUUGACGUCUUUUUAAUAACAACCUGAAACUAAAAGUAUUGCCAUCACCCAAACCACUACCCCCUCCGAGUAAGAUAAUGGAAGAUGUAUAACUAGAAGUGUAGGUAAUAUAAGAAACGUAGCUGUUUCAUCAUGACUGUAACAUUAGGUCAAGGGGAAUAGAGAGUAGUUGAAAUGUAGUCUUCAUGAGAUUAUGCCUUCACUAAGUAUCGUGAUUGUUGCUAGAGGGAUUGAAGCAUAUACCUGGGAAGAGGGACAUGUGAGUAUAGCCUUUUGCUCUAAUCCAGAUAUUUAGAUGUAACAUGCAGUUGUUAGCGUAAAAUAUAACUAGCAUAUGCACCUUUUACAUUUUUAUUUAUUUGUCAUUAAACCCAUAAAAGGGGUGAAUUACAUUUAAGUGACUACAUUUUGAGUCUUUCAUCAAUCUCAGUAUUUUAUAUUGAUCAAGCACAAACAAAUCACACUACAUUGAAACACCUCUAAAUAUCCAGGGUUACGAAAGCUUAGAUUGCAGAUUUCAGUUUAGAUUUGUGUGUAUGUAUAAAAGUAUGUGGACACCCUUUCAAAUUAGUGGAUUUGGCUGUUUCAGCCACACUCAUUGCUGAUAGGUAUAUAAAACCGAGCACACAGCCAUGCAAUCUCCAUCGACAAACAUUGGCAGUAAAAUGGCCGGUACUGAAGAGCUCAGUGACUUUCAACGUGGCCCAAUCAUAGGAUGCCACCUUUCCAACAAGUUAGUUUGUCAAAUUUCUGCCAUGCUAGAGCUGCCCCGGUCAACUGUGCUGUUAUUGUGAAGUGGAAACGUCUAGGAGCAAUAACGGCUCAGCUGCAAAGUAGUAGGCCACACAAACUCAUAGAACGGAACACCCCCCCCCCCCCCCCCCCCCGAGUACUGAAUCGUGUAGAAAUCAUCUGUCCUUUGUUGCAACCCUCACUACCGAGUUCCAAACUGCCUCUGGAAGCAACGUCAGCACAAGAACUGUUAAUCGGGAACUUCAUGAAAUGGGUCUCCAUGGCCGAAUAGCCACACACAAGCAUAAGAUCACCAUGUGCAAUGCCAAGCGUCGGCUGGAUAGGUGUAAAGCUCACCGUCAUUGGACUCGGGAGCAGUGGAAACAUGUUCUCUGGAGUGAUGAAUCCCGCUUCCCCAUCUGGCAGUCGGGCGGAUGAAUACGGGUUUGGCAGAUACCAGGAGAACACUCCAAUGCAUAUAGUGCCAACUGUAAAGUUUGGUGGAGGAGUAAUAAUGGUCUGGGGCUGUUUUUCAUGGUUCAGGUUGGCCCCUUAGUUCCAGUGAAAGGAAAUCUUAACGCUACGGCAUACAAUGACAUUCUAGACGAUUCUGUGCUUCCAACUUUGUGGCAACAGUUUGGGGAAGGCCCUUUCCUGUUUCGAUAUGACAAUAUCCCCGUGCACAAGUGAGGUCCAUACAGAAAUGGUUUGUCGGAAUCAGUGUGGAAUAACUUCACUGGCCUGCACAGAGCCCUGACCUCCCCCAUCGAACACCUUUGGGAUGAAUAUCAACGCCGACUGCGAGCCAGGCCUAAUCGCCCAACAUCAGUGCCCGACCUCACUAAUGCUCUUGUGGCUGAGUGGAAGCAAGUCCCUUUUCCAACAUCUAGUGGAAAACCUUCACAGAAGAGUGGAGGCUGUUAUAGCAGCAAAGGAGGCACCAACUCCAUAUUAAUGGCCGUGAUUUUGGAAUGAGAUGUUCGACGAGCAGGUGUCCGCAUACUUUUGGCCAUGUAGUGUACUUGGUGCACAGUAGACAUAUGGCUGAAACUGAGCUUAUUUAUUUAACGUUAUAGUGGUCAAUGAGUGCAAAAAACACAUGUAGUAGAUUAUCUUGUGGGUAUGUGCAGGUUGUUGUUUUUUUACGAGGUUGACAGUGCCAGUCCUAGCCAAAGCCACACCAGCUCCAAGCUAAUUCUGCUUAGAUAUUCCUCCAUCAGCUAACAUCUUUCAUAAACUACAACCACUCAUUACAUUGCAGGUUAACAGUGAAUGUAAAACGAAUGCAGCUGAUCAGGGCUUCUACCUCACUCCCUUUUGUCUGUCUACAAGGCCUGCGUUUUACAUAGGCAGUCCAAUUAUGAUCAUUGUUGAACUAAUUGGUCUUUUGAUCGAUCAGAUCAAAAGAUCUGUGAAAAGAUCUGAUAGGUCAAAAGACCAAUUAGUGGAAAAAGAUCAGAAUUGAGCUGCCCUUGUAAACGCAGCCCUAUUAUUUCUCAAAUAAGUACAGUAUAUGUGGUACUUAAAUAAGUUUUCAGUUUGUUUUGUGAAGUACUGUAAAGGCAUUUGGUCACUAGGGAAGCAGUAAACUGCAGUUUGCAGAUGAGUAUUGAUAAUACUGAUCUACUAUUUGGAUCCUGGUGUUUACUUAUUUGUAAUAACCUAUAGUUUUUUUGUAUAUAAAUAAAGUUUAUGGUUUCUGAUGCAAAUAUACUGUUAGUGUUACAAAUAAAAGUUGGAAACUGUGCUAAAAGAUAA